AUGUCUGCAUCACAAGCCCUCCAAUAUCUUGGUGCCUCUACGGCUCUGUACUCCACCUACAAAGCCAUCUCGUUCAUCAGCAUUUACCUCAAACCCUCCAAACUCCACCUCUACAACCCUUCCGGUGACUCUUGGGCUUUGAUUACCGGCAGCACAAGCGGCAUAGGCGAAGGUUUCGCUCACGCCCUGUGUGCCAAAAACUUCGAUGUCGUUCUCCAUGGCCGCAAUCAGCAAAAGCUCGACGCCUUGAAAGCAACGUUGCAAGAACAAUACCCAAAUGUACAAAUCAAGACUGUGAUUGCAGAUGUUUUCGCUGCAGACGUUGAUAUCGAUUCCAUCGUCAACAUCUGCACCUCCCUCCCCGGCAAACUUACUCUCCUCGUCAACAACGUCGGCGGAGCACCACUGAGCCCUUCCUACGCCACUCUAUCAGAAGUCGACGCGACAUACGUGGAUAAAAUGCUAAACCUCAACUCCCGCUUCCCCACUCAGCUCACUCGUGCUUUACUACCGCUACUGAACAAAAGUUCGAGAAGUCUCAUCAUCAGCACCUGCAGCAUAACCGGAUUCCGCGGCCUACCCUACCUAUCCGUCUACUCAUCCUCAAAAGCCUUUAAUUUCUGCCUCAACCAAUCCCUCGCUUCCGAACUCAAUGCCGAAGGCUCUUCAGUACAAAUGUUGGGCAUCAUUAUUGCGAAUGUAGUAAGUGGGGGCAACAAGACUACAGAAGGAGCAUUUACAUGCAAUGGAUUGCAGAUGGCGGAGUUCUCGCUUGGCAGAGUCGGCUGUGGGAGAACUGCGGUGUUUGGGUGGUGGAGACAUGCUGUGCAGUGGUGGUGUAUGAGUCUGUUGCCCGAGUGGGUGACGGAGAAGGUGUUGAUCGGAGUCAUGAAGGAGAGGAGGGUGGAAGAGCAGAAAGGGGAGUGA